AUGACCAAUAUCGCUGCACCAGUUGAACGCCAUUUACACCAUGCGACAACCAUGCCGUCAGCUCCACAGCAACCCAAUCUGACAGAAACACCCAUCUCGAACCAUCUUCCGCCUCACAACACUCCUUCCCCCGAUCCAACAUCUAUACCCUCUGCAUCUCCACCAUUUGAGCCCUUGAGAAUAUCCACCCAUGACCUCCCAUCUUCCCAUACCCAUGCCAUCGUUCCCCAUGACGACUCUGGAACCCCUCCCACGUCGGCCAUUUCGAGUUCGCUCGACACCCAGGACCUGGCUCACCCAGAGCGCUGGUUGAAGAAGCCUAGCACCGUUGAUGGCAUUAAGAAGGAGGUGGCUUUGGAUCAAGGGCCUGGCUCCGCCUCCCAGAGUCCUGACCCAUCUGCUUUAUCAGGCUCCAAACGGACCGCGACCGGGGACGUCAAAAGGUCGAGUGUCAAUGGGUUGGCGGAUGUGAUCAAUUCCUCCUCCGCCGCCGCCGUGCAUUCUCGCACCUCUAGUAUGGUCUCAGACGGAAGUAGUGCUGGCAAUGUUCAAGAAAUUUCUCAGCAGCUACGUACCAAGCUCAAGUAUGCCAUGCUCAAAGUCCAAAAUGGUUGGCAGUCUCGAAACUUUGACGAGGUCGAGUCGUUGGCCUCGCAGUCUCCUCGCUCAGUCGUCUCUGCCUUUCACCAACCCACCGAAUCCUCUCUACUGUCACCUCGGACUGUCAUGGCCCGGAAGUACCAUCGCGCUUCCAGCGAGAGCGACUCAUCUGAAAGUACCCUUGCUGUUGACAACCGCCCUUCCACUGCCAGCCCAACCCACUCAUCCGCUUCUCCACGCCGCGCUCUAGCUCCUCCAGCCGACAUUCUGCCUAGUUCACGUCGACGUCCCACCCCUAACGCGUCGUACCAGAAGCCACACCCCUCUCAUCACCAGCCACGCCCCCUACACCCAGAUCGCCCAAUGCCAAAUCAACGAACGCCGAGCCAGAAUGCUGUUCUAGAGGCAGAUGCCGUAGAAACACUGCUAUUCAUGGCAAGCCCCAGCAAUUCUGGUCACUACCCUCCCACCCGCUCGUCCCAAGAUUCUUCUUCCCAAUUCUUCUCUUCACAAACAUCCCCACUUCGAGCCCAAUUUAGCCAGACCUCCAUGACCUCGCCGAAGCGCGUCGCAUUUGCUCAUCAGACCUCCGACGUGGCUGCCGCCGCCGCAGCUUCCGCCCUGGAAAGGGCUGCCACCAUCGAUAAAAUCCUGGAUGACUUAUCCGAUGACAGUGAUGACGAAUUAAGUCUGGAGCAAGCGUUCAAACUGGCUGAGCAGAGCAAGCCCGCGCCGAGCACUCCACUGCCUGCCUGA